AUGGGGGACGCCGACCGCAAGAUUCCGGCCGUGAAGUUGUUCGUCUCCCAGCUGAAUAGCGCUCGUCAGCCCGUCGAAGCCGCUGAUGUGACCGGUCUGGAAGAGAGCAACCUCGUCGGGCUAGUCCUCAUGGGCAUUGAGUUUACUCGAGUGUGGGUCCAGGGCAUUGUGAUCGAGGUGAAUCCUGCCGAGCGUAGCUUUAUCGUCGACGAUAACACGGGAACCGUGACAGCCGUUGUGCCCGGAAUCGGACUCGACGGCGGCACCAACGAUGCAGGGCAUGGUGUUCGUGAUGGUGGUGCUGACGGCUUGCCCAAGAAAGGACAGCACGUCCUAAUGGUUGGAGCGGUGGAGGCUCCGUGCGAUGAUAACGGGCAGGGUCGGCGGGUGCAGCGAAGAAGAAGCUCGUGCAGGCGAUAUCGUGUGCUUUGUGACGUUGUCAAGGAUGUGGGCCCCGAAAGCCCGAACAGGGAUACAUUGUGGGGUCUAGAGGUCAUAGAUUUUUGGAUGAGUCGACCGCGAAAUCCCCAGGGCUAA